AUGGCUCUAUGGUUGACUGAAGGAUCAAAGCAACACAGUGUUUCGCAGCAAAUAAAAGUGAAGAGUCUGGACAAUGCAGAAAGGAAUCUCAAAGCUAUAGAUUCUUGGAUAACAAGCAUCAGCGAAUUACAUCAUUCAAAACCACCUGCUAGUGUUCACUAUACUCGGCCUAUGCCAGAAGUUGAAACACUGAUGCAGGAGUGGCUGCCAGAAUUUGAAGAACUCCUUGGAAAGGUUAGUUUGCCAGCAGCUGAUUUGGACUGUGACCUACCCACCUAUAUUGAUAUGAUAUGUGGUAUUGUGGAUAUCCCCGUUUACAAGAGUCGGAUACAAUCUUUACAUGUCCUCUUUUCUCUGUACUCUGAAUUUAAGAACUCUCAGGUCAGUACUUGGUUCCUUGGAUCACCUUCUUUUUCAGUAUCUUUCAUAAUAAGUAACCAGAUGUUAUUUGCCAACAUCAGUGAAGCAUUUAAAGGCUAA